GUUCCUGGCCACUUGAGCACCGCCCACAAACUUCCACCUCAGCUGUGCUGUUACCCAUGUUCCUUCCCUUCCCCUGACAGAUAAAACCUCCACAUCAUGUCAUCUCGUUUUCAGGCUGCGGCGAGCAACAGAAGUUCAUACUUGUGUUGCCACUUCUUCCUGCUCCACAGGGGGGCAAACGGGUUUCGACGACACACAGUGUUGCCCCCAUUGUGCAGUCUUCCAUCGGUCCAACCCAAAGAUGUCAGGAGACUUUCUACAGCGACUUUGCAGCUUCAUUCCAAGUGCAAAGCAUGUCGGCCAACUCCCCCGACUUUCCAGCCUGGUUUCUUCCUCCCUGCCUCUGCCCAGCCCCACUGUCCAUUCCUCCCAAGUCCCCAGCUUGUUUCGGGAACCGUACAUCUUGUCUGGGUACCGUCCUAUCCAUCAGAAGUGGCACUGUUACCUCUUCAGCCUCUUCCAGAGACACAACGAAUCGCUCAAUGUGUGGACUCAUUUGCUGGCGGCUCUCGUGCUUAUACGCCACUGGUGGGCUAACAUAAGUACCCUGGGGUACACCUUUACUUCAGCCUUUCUGCCCUUAUGCCUCUUUUUUGUGUCUUCGCUCACAUAUUUGUUCCUCAGUGCGGCAGCUCACCUCUUUCAGUCUCACUCCGAGUAUGCACACUAUUUCUUCUUCUUCAUGGACUAUGUGGGUGUGGCUGUUUAUCAGUAUGGAUGUUCUCUUGGACAUUAUUUUUACACAUCUGUGCCAGAGUGGAGAGACAGCUGCUUCGGCUCUCUUUUCCUCCCCAGCGCUGCGUUUUUGGGGUGGUUUUCCUGCGCUGGUUGCUGUUUCGCUAAAUCCAGAUAUCAGCGGCCGUAUCCCGUGGGUCGUAAAAUCUGUCAGCUGAUCCCAACCACUCUUGCAUUCGUGCUGGACAUCAGUCCUGUGAUUCACCGGCUUUCAACUUCGACCUGGUUGGAGGAGCCCUCACUGCCUUUCCAUGCCCUCCAGAUCACCUCUUUCCUUUUGAGCGCCGUCUUCUUCUCUUGCCCCAUACCUGAGCGCUUCUUCCCAGGCCGCUGUGACUUUCUGGGCCAAGGUCAUCAGAUAUUUCAUGUGUUUUUGUCCUUGUGCACACUAUUUCAACUUGAGGCGCUCUUCCAGGACUAUGUCAGGCAGAGGGAUACCGUAGUGGAAACAUUUGGAGAUAGACAGCUGUGGUGUGCCUGUAUAUCCUUCCCUGUCCUGUUCCUGUGUUGCAUUUUGACGGCACUUGUAACAAUGAGGCACAAACAGGAACAACUCCAGGGUCAAAAAGACAGAAACAAUUAAGAAAUGUCUGUAUAACUAGUCAGUAAACAAAUAUGAAAACCAGCAAUGAAAUGCUAAAUAAAUGCAAAGUAUUACUACAGAGUUCCAGGCAUGUCAAUGUAAAUUUAAUCUAUACAAAAUGUUUCAUGCAAGAAAUAUUUGGCACAUUGCAUUGCAGAGUUGCAGAAGACUUGCGAAAGUUUUCCUCAAUGAAUCAUUGUUAGUACUGCUGUAGGAAUCUCCGCUGACUGAGCUAAAAGUAAAACUUAGUGAGUUUGUUGCUGUGUAAAACCAACGGCCAUAUUUUUGAUGAAUUUUAAAGAAUCCAUUUAAUCAAUAUCCACUCAAAAAUUUUGGACUGUGAAAAACUGUGGAGAGCCACACCAACAUGUUAACCUCAGUUGUGUUCGAUUAUUGCUUUGUCUUUCAGUCAUUACAACACAGCAAAAUAGUGGUUAGCGCAGCCGCUUCACAGAUCUGAGGAUACAGGUACAAAUCUGGCCUGCGGCCUUCUUGUGUAGAGUUUGCAUUCUCUUGAUGUACUUACGGGGGUUUUCUUUAGGUGCUCUUGUUUCUUCCCACAUUCCGAAAACAUGCAUGAUAGGUUCAUCUUUGAUUUAAAAUAAAAUAAAAAAAUGAAAAGUUAAUAAAAAAUAAGCCUAGUUCUUUUGUUACUUCAUUAUAACUUCAAAAAGGCCGUUCAGAGACCACUGGAACAACCGGAUGUGGCUCGCGAGCCAUAUAAUGUUCAGGUCUGAUUUGAGCAUCCUCUCGAUUUAGUGUUGUAGGCAUGCACGCUACACUUUCCUCAACAGAUUCAGUUACAAGGCAAGAUGCCAGAGAACAAUGCUUUCAUACAAUUGAAAAAAACGACCAAAGCUAAUUAUUUCUACCCCCGAUGCAUGGACUCCAAAAUGGUUAAUCAUGUGUUCUCCACUGCAAUUGAUUAUCUUGGUAAUAAGUGCUGUUUGUUGUACUGUGUCAAGUUGUAGAUAAAAGUUCAAACUCUAGUCAGAAGCAUUUCAAUCUGGAAUACUGGUGAACCCUGUAAUAGUUUUGAAACACAAUAUUUGCUAUAGGAAACCUAAUGAAUACCUCUAUUGCAAAGUCAUACCACAGUAUCAUCAUCAACUUACAAGAAUAUAUUCUGUUUAAUGCUACAAUAUAGUUUAUUUGCUGUUAUGUAGUUUUUGUCAGUUGUUUUUUUUUUUUUUCUCAGCAUCACGAGUACCUUAUUGUAGUGACCACAGACAAAAAGCUAACAUGCUUGAGUGUUUAUCUUUUAGAUUGUGGUUUCCCAACAAGAGUACAACACAAUUUUAUUUUAAUGAACUAGGUAACAACUAAAAUGAUUCCCAUCUGUCUUCUACCAUUUCUAAAAGAGGACCUGUCUACCUGUAAUGAUUGCUUAUACUAUGACGAAUGUAUUUUUUUUUUCAACUCAACCAGAACCUUAGUUUCAUUGUGUGUGUCAGAUCAUGCACAUUUUAUAUCAAUGUUCUGCGCAAAUUCCUACUACCCAAGGUUAACACUUGUCUUAUUAAAAUACAAUUUGGCAAAAUUUG